AUGGCGACGACGACGGUGAUGGCGACGACGACCGCGCGAUGGGCGCCGCGGACGUCCACCGCGGCGCGCGCGCGGGCGUCGAGCUCGAGACGGACGUCACCGACGGAAAAAGGCGCGAGGGUGACGUCGACGCGGGCGACGACGACGCGCGAGCGACGGCGACGGGUGCGCGCGCGCGCGAGCGAGGGCGACGCAAAGGGUGACGUCCCGUUCGGGUACACGCGCGCGGACGUCAUGCUCAUCGGUGGUGGCGUCACCGGCGCUGGAUUCGCGGCGUACUACGGGUUACAGAGCGCGCUCGGAUGGGAGGCGACGCGCGCGGGAAACGCGGUGCAGUUGACGUUCGUGUUCGGGCUCACCGUGGCCUGGGUCGGAUCGUACGUCCUCAGAGUGUUUAACAAGGACAUGACGUACGUGAAGCAGCUGAAGGAUUACGAGGAGGCGGUGAUGCAGAAACGCUUGGAAGAGAUGCCGGCGCAGGAGUUGGAAAAGAUGAUGUCCGACUUGGAGGAGAAGUAA